GGCCGGCUAUAAAUUAGUGCCUCGCCUCGAUUUGGGACAUCAGUUGAGUUUCGUUCAGGUUGGCGGCAGCAUCAGUAGCACCAUUAGCAUCACCAGUAACACCAUGAAGCUGUACGUUUGCGUUUCGCUGGCCCUUUUGGCCCUUUUGGCCCCAGUUCCCUCCGAUGCCCUGUUGGGCGCCAAGUUGGCCCUGCUCAAGGCCAUUGGCGGCGGUCUGGGUGGCGGCAGCUCCGGCGGCGGUGGCUACUCCACCGGCAGUGGUGGCUAUGGAGGCGGCUAUGGCAGCGGUGGAUACUCCGGCGGCUACAAUCAGGGAUACUACAACCAGCCCAGCCGCCCGGUGUACAACUCCGGAUACGGCAGCUCCUCGUCCUCUGCCGCCAGCAGCAGCAGCAGCUAUGGAGGCAGCUAUGGUGGUGGUUAUGGCGGCGGCUACGGUGGUGGCGAGCAGGUCAUCAAGGUCAUCAAGGUGGUGGAGCAGCCCUCUUACUCUUACGGACGCUCCUCCGGCUAUGGUGGCAACUAUGGUGGAUACUCGUCCAGUGCCUCGUCCAGCGCCAGCGCCAGUGCCAACUCCUACUCCGCUCCCUCUGUGAGCUACUCUGCUCCAGCUCCCGCUGUGACCUACUCCGCUCCUGCACCCGCUGUUACCUACUCUGCCCCAGCUCCCGCUGUGACCUACUCCGCUCCUGCUCCUGCCCCAGCUGUGACCUACUCUGCUCCAGCUCCGGUAGUGCGCGUUCAGGCUGCUCCAGCUGUGACCUACUCUGCUCCUGCUCCUGCCCCAGCUGUGACCUACUCCGCUCCUGCCCCCGCUCCUGUGGUGCGAGUACAGGCUGCUCCCGCUGUUACCUACUCCGCGCCCGCUCCCGCCGUGACCUACGCCGCUCCCGCUCCUGCUGUUACCUACUCCGCUCCUGCUCCAGCUCCAGUGGUGCGUUACUCAGCCCCAGCUCCAGCUCCCAUCAGCUACGCCCCUGCUCCCGUAUCCUACGCCCCCGCUCCCGUGUCCUACGCCCCGCAGCCACAGAGCCAACAGGUGGUGAAGACCAUCAAGCUGAUCGUCGAUGAGGAUCGUGCACCCGCCCAGGUUUACGGACCACCUGCCGUGGAAUCCAGCUACUCCAGCGCUUCCUCCUCCGCUGCCGCUUCCGCUGGUGGAUACAACGGUGGCUACAAUGGUGGAUACAACGGCGGCUACAAUGGUGGCUACAAUGGCGGUUCCAAUAGCGGAUUCUCAGGUGGAUUCAAUGGCGGCUGGAAGCGUGGCGGCAUCUUCGAGAAGCUGGUGGGCUGCUAGGUGCUCAUGUAUGGUAGCCAUAACUCAAAGCCACUCAA